UAUUACUUUUCCAACUUUUAGGUUAAUGCAACUCACUUGUUAUCAGCUUCGGUUAUGUCGGCUCCUGCGGCAUUGUCGUUCGCCAAGUUAUUUUAUCCAGAAACUGAAGAAACUAAAACUUCUAUCAAGCAUAUUAAAGUGGAAAAGGGAACCGAAAAAAACGUUCUUGAAGCUGCAGUUAAUGGUGUAACGUCAGCCGUUAAUAUAGUAGUAAACAUGGCUGUAAAUAUGAUUGCUUUCUUGGCAUUCGUUAAUUUUUUGGAUGGAACAAUAUCGUGGUUUGGUAGUUUACUCGGAUACGAAUACAUCACCUUUGAUUGGAUUGUUUCUAAAUGUUUCAUUCCCAUAUCAAUUAUAAUGGGAAUCGAAUGGAAAGAUGCAGAACAUGUAGCCAACUUAGUAGGAAUUAAAACUAUUGUUAACGAAUUUGUAGCAUACCAGAAGUUAGGAGAGUUAAAGAAGGCAAAUAAAAUAUCUAAACGAUCAGAAUACAUAGCAACGUAUGCCCUCUGCGGGUUUUCAAAUAUUAGCGCAAUAGGAAUACAAAUGGGUGCUCUAAUUGCCAUUGCACAAAAUAAGAAGUCCGAUAUUGCUACUGUUUCGGUGCGUGCUCUAAUUGCUGGUUCUUUUGCGUGUUUCAUGACAGCGUGUAUAGCUGGUUCACUCAUAUAAACUUAAUUGCUAAAUCACUUAUUUUAAUAAAAAAAAAUAAGGAUUUAAUCAAGACCUAUAAACGUUUCUGUGUUAUAUUAAAUGUGUUUGUAAAAUACUUUAAUGUCAGUUGAUUAAAAUAAUUUGACGGUUUUUUUGUGUGUUGUUGUACAUAAAAAUCAAAUGUUUGCCCGU